AUGCGCCUGUUGCUGCCGGGGGACCUUGGCAAGCACACCGUGGCCGAGGGCACCAAGGUAGGGAGCUUGCCGGUGACUGCAGAUAGGCCGCGCUAUAAAUGGGCCGCCAGCCCUCAGCAGUCGCCAUCGUCCUUCCUUCAAAAGACCGCCUCUGGCAUGGCUGAGCCCGGCUCUGAGGCUUCCUCUGAGGAAAGCCUGGGCACCACGGAGCCCACGGAAGGCGCCCCGAAGAGCCCGAAGCAGAAGCAGCCAAGGUGCCGCCGCCGCCGCCGCCGCCACUGCCUCGACAGUUUCGCCACCUAUUUCCCCAGGGUUCUGAGGCAGGUUCACGAGGGCCUGAGCCUGUCUCAGGAGGCCGUGAGCGUCCUGGAUUCGUUCGCGAAGGACAUCUUCGAGCGCAUCGCCGACGAGGCCACGUGCCUGGUCCGCUCCACCAAGCGCUCCACCAUCUCGUACGGAGAGAUCCAGACCGCCGUGCGCCUGCUGCUGCCGGGGGACCUUGGCAAGCACGCCGUGGCCGAGGGCACCAAGGCCCUCAUCAGAUACAUCAGCCGCCGCUGAGCUGCCUCAGGAGCGCCGGAGCAUC